UAGCCGAAAUCGAAACGAAUUCUUAAGAUAUCACUUUUUGACACCUGGAUUCAGACAUAUCGUCACCCAGGUCCGAGCGAAAGGUCCGCAGAGAGAGUUUGAGCAGACGUCCUGCUAGCCUGCUUAGAACUGAAGACUCGACUAUAUUAACCACAGAGCUAACUUAAGCUAACGUAGUGGAGCGCUCGUUAACGUCGUAUUAGACCACAGCUACAACUAUAUUAUCUCAUUAUCUUUCGAGCGCUUAAAGUUGUCUAUAAUGGAAAAUAAAUAUAACCUAAAGAGUCCAGCGGUAAAGCGAUUGAUGAAAGAAGCUGCUGAAUUGAGAGAUCCCACAGAACACUACCAUGCCCAACCAUUGGAAGAUAACCUUUUUGAGUGGCAUUUUUCCGUACGUGGUCCCCCGGAUUCAGAUUUUGAUGGUGGAGUUUACCAUGGCAGGAUUGUGCUUCCCCCGGAGUAUCCGAUGAAGCCUCCCAGCAUCAUCCUUCUUACGCCAAAUGGAAGAUUUGAAGUUGGGAAGAAGAUUUGUCUGAGCAUUUCUGGUCACCAUCCAGAGACAUGGCAGCCUUCAUGGAGCAUACGAACUGCUCUGAUUGCCAUAAUUGGAUUCAUGCCAACUAAAGGAGAGGGUGCAAUUGGAUCUCUUGAUUACACACCAGAAGAGAGGAGGGUCCUCGCAAAAAAGUCCCAGGACUUCUGCUGUGAGACAUGCAACUCUUCAAUGCACUCAGCACUCCUGGCUUUGACCCCCGACAGCAGUCCAAGCCCAGGGGACCACAUGGCAGAGGAGCUAGCCCAACAAAUUAACUUCAAGACAGAAUCCAGUUCAUUAGGUCAGCAGUCAAGAGAGAGUGAAGAUGCCAGCAGUGAGGCUUCCAUUCUUACCUCCACUUCUGCAGUCCAGGAAGCAGGAGAUGGGCCUCUGACUGAGCAGGUAGAGGCAGCACCAGCUCCUGAAGUGGAGAGACCACCUACUCCUCGUCCUCUCAGUCCUCGGCAGCGUCAUGUCCAACAGGACCAAAGAGACAACAUUAGGCCGGCCUUCAUUGCAGCCACUCGCCAGCCACACAAUGAAAGUCACGCCGGCUCAGCUGUCCUAAUAGUGUUGCUCACAUUCGCCCUUGCUGCUCUUAUCUUCCGUCGGAUUUACCUGGCUCAUGAGUACAAGUUUGAUUAUGAGCUGUGACCUUCAAGCUUUUCUGUUUUCUUAGUCCGGCCGCCAUGCCACCAAUGAUCAGCCAAAGUUAUCCCUGAGGUUGCGUGGUCCCUGGAAGUGACGUCUGCUGUUCUCUUUUCUCCUUUUUAGGCCCUUUUCAUGCCGCUUAUCAGUAACUACAGCACCUUGCACCCUGCCCUCAUGUUUUUUAAGGGAAGUAAUAUAAUUGUGUUUAACAAUCACACAAUUAUCCCUACAUUUUUAAUCCGACAUUUAAAGUUUGCAUUCACACUUACGGCUCAGUACUCUGGUCCGGACCGAAAGUAUAACGUUGCAGUUUGGUGCAUUUCGCUCAGCGUUCACACUGGUAUUAUUGUCGUUGUAAAUCACAUGCGUCAAACGCAAGGCCCGGGGGCCAGAUCCGGCCCGACAUCUCAUUUAAUGUGGCCCGCGAAUAAUGCCGAUACUUCAUCGUUGUUUUCAUUGUUUCUGUAAUGUAAAUGGUCUGUUUAUAUGCAUGCACAUUAUACGUAACAUUCACCCAAUAACACACACAUUCACACACUGAUGUCGUGCAAGGCGCUACCUACGAGCCAUCAGGAGCAAGGACACAAUGGCCAUGACUCGGAUGGCGGAAGCUGGAUUCAAACCAGGAACCAUCUGAGCCGCCCCAUUGGGACCAAAGGUUAUGCUGUAAACAAAAUAUGUUUGAACUAACUUAAUUGGGCAGCUUUUCUGACUUAUUAACUGAUGUAACUCAAAUGUUCCAAACCAAAAUAUACCUUUAAAGAGUCGGAGAGCAGAGAAACAGCACUUUUAAUUCGAUUGCUUUUAGUUGCUUUAUUUUAAUGCUAGAGCCGUGUCUUUGCACCAGUGCUCCCUUGCAACAAACUAAGACUCAUCUUUCAUGCGGUCUUUCAAGGUUGGGCUGAUUGCUUUCUCACAAAUGAACUGGACUCGCACAGCAAGCGCACCAGAGUUCAAUUGAAGUGAACAUUGCAAAUGUGAGUGCACCCUUAAUGUCAAGGGUGAAGUUCAAACUUGUGUUGUUGUUGUGAAGAUACUUUUGGGUGGAGUAGAACAUGCUGCUCAGAUGAUUGUCAACUAAUAUUCUUAAUCAUGUCAUGAUUCAUUUAAAAAACACAGCAUUAACCACAGUAGUAGAGUCAGCAAGAUGUUUUUUUAAAUAAAUUGCCAUUGAAACAGAA